AUGAAUAAUGAUCUCAGACCAAAUAAUCUUAGAAUCUGUAAAUUCCGUUGUUUCCAUUCUCCUAAAAGGCCGGAACGUUUUAUCUCCGGCCUAUUUUCCGAACAACCUGCCCUUCGGGAAAUGUCGACAGGCCCCACACACGCCCCAUCACCAACGAUACCUUACACUUCUCCACCUGUUACGGUCAUUCUAACCAUUAUUCUUCUCCUUUUCUUCUUUGUCGGUUUUUGUUCUAUAUACUUUUGUAGGUGUUUCAUGCAUAAUUUAUUUUACACAUGGCAACAACGACAGAACCCCUCCAGGACCCCAACGGGUCGUGGAGGGGAUCGUCUACAUCACGGGCUAGACCAUUUGAUCAUAAGAUCUUUUCCCACAUUUACGUAUUCAAGUGUCAAAGAAUAUCGAAAGGAGAAUUACGGGUUAGAAUGUGCGAUAUGUUUAAGUGAAUUUAAAGAUGAAAGCGUCCUUCGACUUUUAACAAAAUGUUGCCAUGUAUUUCAUCAAGAUUGUAUUGAUCUUUGGCUUGCAUCACAUAAAUCAUGUCCAUGUUGUCGGUGUAGUCUCGACAUGCCUUAUGAUUCCCCCGAAAAAUCCCCAACUUCGGUUAUUAAUAGUAGUGCUAAUUCUAUCCAUGAUGGUCGAGAAAACAAUGAUUCGCAUGGAGAUUCUAUUGCUAUUGAUAUUAAUGAAAAUCGUGAGAAUAUUGAAGAUAAAUGUGAAACAAAAAAGGAUCAGAAACAUGUGGUAAUUGAUGUCGGUCAAGAUAGAAGAGAGGAUAAUCUUAAGACGACGAGAGAUCAAGGAUUCACGAGGUCUAAGUCCACUGGACAUGCAAUUGUUAGGAAUUUUAGAGGACGUGAAAACGACGAGAAGUUUAUGUUAAGGUUGCCACACGAUGUGCAAGCGAAGCUUAUUCCGAGACACAAUUGGACAAGAAGUUGUACUGAAUUCGGAGAAUACAAAAGCAAAACCUCGUCUAGUCAUACCGGAUUCGACAAGGUAACACUAGACAAAGAUGGACAUAAGACCUAGCUAGGAUAGAUAUAGGACCAAAAUCUAGCUACUAGUAAUUUUCUUUUGAUUUUUAGGCAACUUUAUGUAUUCGGCAUUGUAUUUCUUUUGUGAAAAAGGGAGAAAAAUUAUCAGA